UCUAAUCCGACCGUCUCUCAUCUCCCUCUCGGCCUGUAAGGUCUCAGUCUAUCACUCGUCUCUCUCACAGUCUCCCUGCACUCUCAGACUCUCUCCGUCGGUGGAGCGUCCCAAGAGUCACCAGAUUCACCACCACCAUCGUCGAUCGCUAUUCGUGGCCAACAUCGUCAAUCAAGAAGGGUUUAAGAUUUUGCUUCAAUACACCCUUUCAUUUCCUUCACUAGACAGGGACUUAAAAGGGCAAAGGAGAUGUCCAGAUUUCGUGCACUGUGGCAAGCCUCUAUGAAUGCUACUAGAAAAGCUCUCACAUGGAACGUCGAAGACUUGAUUCCUCCUAGUGAAAGAUAUAUAUUUAAUUUCAAUUCAAAGGAAGAGCUUAAAAAGUGGCAUCUUUACUCAGACUCUGAAUAUGGAGGUUUGUCUUCAGCGGCUUUGGAAAUUACAGAUGCUGGAAGUGGGUUGAGCGCUACUGGAAUCUUCUCUGGAAACCUCUCCCUGGAUGUUACUGAGGGUUCAAAAUGGAACAUAACUCGAAGUGGUUUUUGUGGAAUGCGAUCUAGGAAGUUUGAUGGCUUCAUUGAUUUGGACCCAUAUGACACCAUAUCGCUAAAGCUUAAAGGAGAUGGAAGAUGUUACAUAUCUACUAUUUAUACAGAGAAUUGGGUCAAUUCACCUGGACAACAGGAAGAUAACUCUUGGCAAGCAUUUGUUUUUGUCCCUAAAGACAACUGGUGUAUAGCAAAGAUUCCUCUGGCUAGAUAUUUACCAACAUGGAGAGGGAAUGUUAUAGAUGCACAGUUGGAAAUGAACCCAUCUAGAAUUGUUGGCAUGUCUCUUUCUGUCAAUGCUGAGGGUGGAAUGCCAGGUUCUAGGACUGGCCCGGGUGAUUUCCGAGUGGAAAUUGAUUGGAUCAAAGCAUUGAGAGCGCAAUGAGCUGUUUUGUAGUUCAGAAAGAGUAGAAAAUAAUGUGGCAGGUUGGCCAUCUGGCCCAUGGGCAAGCCUAUGCCAAACGUACCAGGGCCAGGUCCUCCUCCCCUACUUGGUCCUCCUCCCCUACUUGUCCUUGGAUGAUUGCUGCGACAUAAUGUACGGAAGCUGAAAAUGAAAGACAAUAGUCGAGGACCUUCCAAACCUUUGGACAGUUGGACCACUUGCCUUUUGCUAUCUAUCAGCAAGUCCUCGGCGAAGCCUCGAGACGAGUAAGCAAUUAUACCUUGCUGGUCCCCUAUUCUUUUAACUUGGUUGUUUCCCUACAUAUGAAUAUGAUGCCAUGUGCAUCCUCAUUCUCAAUUACAAGCUUGCUUUGAUUUAUUUAUUUAUUAUUGAGUCUCAUUGAAACAGUAUGAGACAGAGUUUGCAUAGUACAAGAAAACAUGAUACGAGAGAGACAAAGGUCUGAAUGUUAGUAUACUAUCAAAAAAGAUUGAUUUGUUUGACACCAAGAUUU